UUUAAAUCUUAAAAAGUGAAAAUGGAAAAAAUGUAAAAUUGCAAUAUUUCUCAAUUAAAAAGCCAUUAUUAUAAGUGAAUAAUGAAAUUCAUUAGAUUAAGCUAUGUUUGAGCUAAGCAUAUAUGUAAAUUUAAUAUAAAAAUGUGAUCAAAAGAGCUCAUUUAAAGGAAAAAUGGAAAAUAAAAUAUCGCUAAUCUGUGAGCCACAGAAUGGAAAUUCGAGCGAAAAUAAUAAGAAUAAUGAGGGUGGUAUAUAUUUAUCGUCAUCGUCAAAUGCAUCUACACUUAAAAAGAGUUCUCGCAUUUCCAAACAUUCAUUUGAUAAUUUAAACAGUUUACAAAACACACCCAAUAUGAAAAUAAUAUCUAAAAUCAAUUCAAUAUCAUCAUUAAAUGAUAAAAAUUUGGAGAAAUUUUCACUAGCAGGAAAUAAUAACAACAACAAUAGAUUCUUGGCCACAAAGUCAUCAUAUAUAGACUCAUUCGAUUUCCUAUCUGGGGGCUCUUCCACAUACAAUACGUUAGAUACGCAGCAAUUGAGCUCUAUUAAAAGUCUCAAAUUUAAUAAUAAUAGUGAUAAUUCUUCCGCUUCUUCUGCUGUGUUCUGGGAUUUUACUAAACCUGGUGUCUCCUCGCUGCCUACUUCAUCAAGUACUAACUUGCGAAAUACUGUUUCCUCAUCGAAUCUAACACUCAAUAAUUUAAGUUAUGCAGCUGAUAAUCAGACAAAUCAGUCAUCGUCAUCAUCGUCAUCAACGGCAAUUCCCUUAGUGAUCCCACAAAAGUUUCAAUUUAAUCAGCCACAGCCUGUUAUGAAAUCUCUUGGCUCAACAACCUCUUCGUCGUCCACUUCGACAAUGGUUCAACAACAUCAUCAACAACAACAACAACAGCAGCAGCAUCAAGAUGAGCAAUUGCAAAUGUUAUGCAGCAGAAAGAACUCACUACCACAUAGUAGUAAUUUAAUUAAUAAUAAUAAUCAUACAACAAAUAGCAACAGUAGUGAUUUAAACAAUGGUGUAACUAAACAAAAUACAAAACUCAAUCAAACAUCGACUUCUUCGUCGAGCAUACAGGUAUCUAAUGCAACGGGUACGGGUACCCUUGAGAGUUUACUCCAUCAUCAUCAACAUCAACAGGAUCAGCAGCAGCAACAACAGCAGCAACAACAACAACAAAACGGAACUAAUCAAUGUACAGAUCUACAGCAGCAACAAAGUAAAUCUCAAACAAUGAAAUGCCCAGUUGUUGCCUCUCCUCAUCAAGUAAUGAUGCUCUAUAUGAAUAAAUUAACACCAUAUGAGCAUCAUGAGAUUUAUAAAUAUCCGCAUAUUUACUUUAUCGGUGCUAAUGCAAAGAAGCGCUCAGGUACGGGCCCAAAUGAUUAUGACAACGAAAACGGCUCAUACAUUCACAUACCACACGAUCAUAUUGCAUAUCGCUAUGAAGUGCUCAAAAUCAUUGGUAAAGGUAGCUUCGGACAAGUAGUUAAAGCUUAUGACCACAAAACACUCGAGCAUGUUGCACUCAAAAUGGUGCGUAAUGAAAAGCGAUUCCAUAGGCAAGCACAAGAAGAAAUUCGCAUUUUAAAGCAUUUACGAGCACAAGAUAAGGAGAAUACAUUUAAUAUAAUUCACAUGUUUGACUAUUUUGUCUUUCGUAAUCACAUGUGCAUAAUUUUUGAACUCCUACAUAUAAAUUUAUAUGAAUUGAUAAAGAAGAACAAGUUUCAAGGAUUUAGUCUGCAACUUGUACGUAAAUUCGCUCACUCACUAUUGCAAUGCUUAGAUGCUCUCAAUAAAUUCAAAAUAAUUCACUGCGAUAUGAAACCUGAAAACAUACUACUGAAGCAGCAAGGUCGAUCGGGAAUUAAGGUAAUCGAUUUUGGUAGUUCAUGUUAUGAGAAUCAGCGAGUUUAUACAUACAUACAAUCAAGAUUUUAUAGAGCUCCAGAAGUGAUCUUGGGUGGAAAAUAUGGAAUGCCAAUUGAUAUGUGGAGUCUAGGGUGCAUUUUGGCAGAACUAUAUACAGGCUAUGCAAUUUUACCGGGCGAAGAUGAAUCAGAUCAGCUUGCAUGUAUAAUAGAAUUGCUUGGUAUGCCGCCCAAGCAAGUGCUAGAAAAUUCUAAACGUGCUAAAAUAUUUUUUAAUGCAAAAGGAUAUCCUCGAUAUUGUACGACUAAAACUUUAGAUGACGGUUCGGUGAUAAUGACGGAAGGUUUUUCACGACGUGGAAUAGUAAGAGGACCGCCAGGAACACGAAAAUUAAAAAAUGCUUUAAAUGGAUGUGAAGAUGUGUAUUUUUUACAAUUUAUAAAUGAAUGUUUGGAAUGGGUACCAGAGAAGAGACUCACACCCGAGCAAGCACUUCAUCACUCGUGGUUUAAGAGGAGAUUACCGAAGCUUCCAAGUAGCGGAACGAGUAGUAGUAAUAGUUAUAAUGCAUCAAAGCAAACUCAUUCUCUAACAACGUCCAAUAAUACGCUUGCAAAUAAUGAUGGUAAGGAUUUAUCUUCAUCAUCAUCCGUUGCUGGAGCAGGUGGAAGUAAUAGUAAUAAUAAAGGAAUUACCACAAAUUGCUUUUAUUAUGACAACACAUUACAUCAAUUAAAUAUUAAUAAUAAUCAGUAUCAACACAGUGAUGAGUCAAAAUCCUUACCUGGAAAUGCAACAUUUCAUGCACACAUGCACAGUUCAGCAUCGAAAUUGGGUGAUAAAUAUCAAUGUGAAAGCUAUCAAGAUUUAACGAAUCCAAAUCGUAAAUCGACAAUGACUUUAAAUCGUUUAAUGUCUUCAUCAGUUCAUUCAGCAUCAACAUUAUCAUUAGUUUCUUCUCAUAAUAGCACUAAUAAUCAUAGUGGAUCUUCAGCCGCAAGUGGCAUAUCAUCGAAAUUAAAUUUACCACAACUUAAUAAUUAAUAAUUAAGGCUUAAGUUUAAAAAAAAUUAUUAAAUGAAAGAUUUUAUGGAACAUGAAUAUCUCAACAGAGUAGGAAGUAGUCUCCUCGCACGGAUGGAUGACUUAAAAUUUGGUGUGCAUCUUUUGCCGGGAUCAAUCAGUAUAUUAGCUUGAGUAUUAUAACGGUUUUUUUGAAAUUCAAAAAUUAUGAUCUGAACUGAGAGAUUUGAAUUGAUUGACUGAAUGAUUUGAUUGAGUCAGUCAGCCUCAGUACUCAAAGUGAUAGCACCGUGCAAAAAAUGCAGUCCCCACAUUGCGCAUUUUAAUGUGUAUUAAUGCAAUUGUAUCUCUUCUUCGCUAUAUAGCUUUUAUUGAACAUUUUUUUUUAAUUAUUAUUUUCUGUUUUUAGCAAAAAAAUGAAAUAAAAAAAUGAGAGAUGAAUGAUAUAAAUUCUUUACUAUUGAAAUUAUUGAUAGAACAUUAGAUAUUUAAAAGAAAAAAAAUAAAUCUUUUUAAAAUGUUAUAAAAAAAUGAAAGUGUCUAAAAUAUAAGGAAAAAAAGAUGUCUUGAUAAAAAAUUAGAUUAAAUACAAAAUCUGGAUAAAGAUGAAAACUAUUUAAAUGAUAGUGAAAAUUCUACUGAAG